UUGACGUUUGCGCUUUCUUUCUUCCAUUUUUCUCAUCCCGCCUUUCUCUCUCUCUGAAAACCCUAAGUACACUCGUCUUCUUCCAUUCUCUCACCACCAGAAAUUCCUCCAGCGAGAUUGAUAAUCAGCACCGCCUCACUUCCAAGUUCGACGGUUUCCCCAAGCGAGGCUAGAGCCAAGUCGGAAAAUGGCGGAUAUCGACCUUCCUUCUAGACUUUUUGCGGAUAGAGAAGAGCCUGCCGGUGAUCGUGUUAACAUGUACUUUAAGCUCAACACCAUCAAAGCCGUUCUCAAGGCCCUGACCCCUAAGGAGAUCGAAACCAUUCGCCCUUGCUUUGGGACUUUACUAGAUCUCUAUUCCAAGCCGGUUUUCUCCGGCAAGUUGGCCCACUUUCUCUUGACGCGCCAGUUGAGUGUGAUUAAACGCCAUGAGAUUUGGAUUGUAUUCGCUGGAAAACCGAUCAGAUUCUCUUUACGUGAAUUCGGUCUCGUCACUGGUCUUAACUGCAACCCUCUCCCCCCUCUCGACAAGUCUCUUAUUAAGUCACCUCCCGGUGUGACGCCUUACUGGUUCACACUCUUUGGUGGGGAGGAGUGGGUCACCGGCGAGAUGUUGUUGACCAAACUUCGGAGGUCCAAGGCGUUAGACAGUGACAUACGUAUCAAGUAUGCUUGUUUGCUUCUGGUGGAUGGGUUUCUGUCUCGGCGUUCUUACCACAUGAAGAUCCCCAAAUCUCAUGUUGAGAUGAUUCGUGACCUUGAUGUUUUUUUGGCAUACCCGUGGGGUCGCUACAGUUUUGACCUAACUAUGCGUUGCAUAAAAUCCCGAUCGGUAAGUCAGCUUGCGCAGGCCACUGUUGCGAUCCAAGGUUUCAUUCACGCUCUGGUUCUUGUAUUCGUCGAGGCGGUACCGGCAGUUCUUUCCACUGUUGCUGCUGGGACUGAUCCCGAGUCCGGUGAUGACGACCCGUUCCCAGUUAUUUAUCUCAAUUUGGACACUGUGUGGGACCUUGAUGGAGAAGAAGAGGUUGAUGUUCGCGCUAUAAUUCCGUCAGAUCCAUUGCAGUCUGGUCUCGAAGAUUGUAGCUGGCCUGAUGAAGUUGGUGAUCCCUGUGUUGAUUUGAUUUUACAGCAAUGGGAAGAUGGAGCAAAUUUCAGGCGCGGGAUGUUUGGAGGUGGUAUUAGAGCGUCUGAUGUCCAAGUUGAUCCUCCUCCUCGUGUCAUUUCUAAGAGUUCUAAAGGUAAACGCAAACUCCGUUCCAAAGUGGCUGAAUCUUCCCAGUCUAGAGGGGAAUCUUCCCGUUCUAAGAAGUCAAAGAUCCGCUGUCCCCGUCCCAGUACUUCCACUGCUGAACCCUCUAUUCUCGAAGCUGUGGCUGCUCAAAUCAAAGCCGGGUUGAAGGAAGGUCAGACCGAUGUUUUUGCUCAUGUUUGUGUUGAACUAAAAUCUAUGGAGUUAAGGUUAGAGCGUUCAAUGAAAGCCAAUAUUUCCUCUGCGGUGUCUGCGGCAAUAAGUGACCACCUCGUCGUUGGUAAGGUGCUUCGCGAAGUUAUUGGCGGAUCUGGUCAGCCGUAUGAACCGACUACCAAGGAUAUUCCUCCUGUCAAUCCCCAAACUGACUUGCAGCCACCGCAGGCUGUCAUACCAACCCAAAAUACUGACCUUCAAAACCAGCAACAUCCUCAGCCGCAGGCUGUCAUUCCAACCCCAAAUACAGACCAUCAAAACCAGCCCUUUCCUCAGCCGCAGCCACAAUUCCCUUGCAACUUAAAUGAAGGAGUUUUGGAACAACCUGAUGCUGAAGAGUCUGUCCAAGAGGGUGAAGCUUCUUCUACUGGCUCUGAAUCUCGCAGUCGGUCUCAGCAGUCUGAGCAUGCAAAUCAGGAAAGCCUUCCUAAUGGGGAUGGUGCAGAUUCUGCUGAUGGGGUUGUGUCAGCUGAAGCAUCACCAAUGUCUGACAAGUUUAAGCAGCUCAUGGCUACUGUCAAACCCCAAAUGAAUUUUGUGUUUGGCGAGGGGGUGGUUCUCCAGGGUUGCGAUCUCUUGAAAAUACCCACUCUCAUUUCACCUGAACACCCAGAGGUCAUGGACGCGUGUGUCAGUGUUUUGCGUGAAUCGCUCUUCCACAAUAAUGACCCAGACACUGACUCUCGUGCAGACCUGCUGCCUUGCAAGUUCCAUGGUUCUCUUGCUGUUCUUUAUGGCAAAUUCAAGAAAUGCAGACGCAAAGAAAGCUUCGAGUUUGACUCUGCUAUCAUUGGUGAUAUAGCUGCGCGGUUCAAAGCCACUGGUACGGAGUGGCUCACUGACAUUGACUCUUUGCUCUCUCCGUUUAACAUUGAUAAGAACCGCUGGAUAGCGGUCCAUAUUGACCUGUCUUCUCACAGCCUGACGGUGUUUGAUCCAACCGCUGCAGCGCGCCGUGGCUCGCGUCUUAAGCCAGAGCUUGAGUUCAUCUGUGAGAUGUUUCCCUACUUAGUCCGCACAGUUGGCCAGAAUGAGGCCCAAAAAAAUUAUCCCCUUCAUCCGCUAUCUUUCACUAGAAACACCCGCGUAUCCCAAGCUUCCACACUUGCCACCAGUGGGAUGUUAUCCCUGUUCUUUCUAGAAGCUUACGCCACUGGAGGUUUUGAGAAGGUUCUUUUGGUCAAGGAGUCUGGUUUGCGUCAACGGGCUGAACUUCUGGCUGUUGAAAUGUUCGAACAUUGUCUCGGUGAUCUAGAUGCGGCUUGAAGUUGAGUUUGGCGUAUUGUUGUACUCUAGUGUCUAUCUAUCCCUUUCUCUCUUUUCUUAUCCCACCUGAACUUUAUAACUCUGAUUUUUGUAGUACCUUAUGUGGUUGCUGCUUUAUUUUUCGUAUUUGGAUAUUGUUUUAGAU